GGGCGCCACCCGAUGGCGGCGUUCGGGCGCUGGAAGGCGCAGCGCUUGGCGCGCGCGGACUGCAGCCGGAGGGGCGCUCUGGACGAGCGCGCGGCGGGCGUGGUGCGGCUGCUGAACGGGCGCGCGCCGUUCUGCACCACCAGCUCCUGCUCGGGGCGCCUCGUGCUGGCGGAGGGCGGCGCCGCCGAGAGCGCCGGGGUCCCGGCCGCGAUCCCGAAGAAGCGCUGCCGGUGGCUGCUGGUGGCGCACGAGCCAUGCGGCCGCGCCGACGUGAUGGCAGCACUGGAAAAAGCCACCGGCGACGUCGUGUUCAAGUUUGAGCCCUUUGUUCUCCAUGUGCUGUGUCAGGAGCUGCAGGACGCACAGCUGCUGCAUUCAGUGGCUAUUGAGUCUGGGUUCAAGAACUCUGGCAUUACAGUUGGCAGAGGAGGAAAAAUCAUGAUGGCUGUCCGGAGCGCACAUUGCUUGGAAGUUCCUUUGAGCCACAUGGGGAAACUGAUGGUCUCUGAAGAAUAUAUUGAAUUUCUGGUGCAUGUGGCUAAUCAGAAAAUGGAAGAAAAUGCAAGGAGGAUUGACAGGUUCUACAAGCACUUGGAGGCAGCCCUGGAAGCAGCGGGCGGUGUGAGCAACUCACCCUCCACAGACACACAGGAGGUUCAUGCUGUGUAUGUUCGCAGAAGGAAAAGGAGGACUGUCCAAACGCAGGAUGUGCUCCCCUCUCCAGAGGGUCAUAACGAGGAGUUGGAGCCUGGAGAUGACCCAGAGGGCAGUCUUGAUAUUUUUGCAGGGAUCACGCUAUAGACUCUGCCACUGAAAGGCAAAUGGCAAACUGGACAAUACAUGUGGUGCUCUUUAUAAGAGAUAGAAAUAUUGCUCUGUUUUAAGUAGUAACACUGCUGGGCAUUACCAGAAAAAAAAAAACCAAACAACAAAACCACAAGGUAAUUAAACAGAAUUGUGAACAGAUUUAAGGCCACGGACGCACGGAGAACAAAA